AUGGCAAACUUCGACGCCUUCAACGACACCUUCGACUUUGGUUCCUUCAUCCACUAUCCCGAGGAGAACAUGGAGCCUUCCGACUUUCAGUUGCCUACAAUGGACACCUCAGUAGAGUCAAUGGACUUCUCCGAUAUGCAACUCUACCCAGAGACGAAUCCUUCUCCGUGCGGUGCCGACUUCAAUCUCUUCGAUACACUGGAAUACCCUGCCUGCGACUUGGCCAAUGGAACCCCUUUUACGGCUGAGACCCGGACACCUGCACCACAAGCAGAGGAUUUCCGUUAUGCGAUAGACUCCUGGGCAUCCGCUGAUCAUCGCCUUCGCUCCACGAAGCAGAAGCGAAGGGAUGCAGCUAUUGACUUGCAUCUACAACGGUUUAUGAAUGAUCACUGCGGACCUCAGCUGUUUCCGACUGAUUCCGAGGCUUCCCCCUCUGCUACGCCUUCUAUCACAUCAUCACAUCAGAGCCCCGGCGACAGCACUCCCGUGUCAUCGGCAUCUAAUACCGAUCAAUCGACCGGUACCCUGACGGGUGGUCGCGAACUCGUCUUCGACAUGAACUUGAACACUGCUACGCAGCUACCGAAGAAGCAGAAGAAGCGCACUAAAGCUCAGAUCGAAGAUUACAUCAAUGCUCGCCGGAACGGCGCUUGUAUCAAGCACAAAAAACAGCACAAAAAGUGCAACUGCCACGAGAAGCGAUCUGCAAAGACAACCGCAGACGUCAAGGUAAAGAGGCAGAAGCUAGCCGUGUCUGGCAGUGGUGUGCCGACCCCAGAACUCAUUCCAAACAACACCCCAUCCUCUCUGUCGGUAUCAUCCUUCUCUCAAUCGCCACUGUCUCAGCUAGACAACGUACUAUUUGGCGAUGAUAUUGACACCGCCUUGGCAAGUCUGCCCGAUUUGUACAGCUACAAACCGCUCCCCGAGCUGGAUGCACAGCUUCCCAUGGAGAAUGUUCUCCAAAACCAGUAUGCGCAAAAAGGAUCGGCUGGCUCUGUAUCAACUACGCACCACCAUCCAGCCAGCUUACCGAGGUCGCCCUCAAACCUGCUUCUUGGCUCAGACUCCGUGGCGAGAUCCUCAAAUGUGCUGCUUGGCUCAGGAUCCUCGGCAAACUCUCCUGCUCGAGACGCACAGUCCCAGGGAUCACUCCAGAUUGGACCAUCUAGUGGAUUGAACACUGCAGUGGAGAACGCAAAGAGUCUCCUAGUUAGGCGUCGCACCAGCGGCAAUCUACAAACCACAGGUCCGAGAUUAGACGUAGUAUCCGAUCUACAUGGUGUAAGCGAAGGCAGUUCACACCGCUCACCAGAACACGGAGCAUUGGCUGGGGCAUCAUCGGGACUACAGACAUCAGGACUGGUAGUCCAAUCACCAAUCCUAAGUCUACCUGUAUCUCCACUGAGCACAAUACAGACGCAACUACCAACAGCUGUAAGCGAGACAGCGAACUCGGCCACUGCCCACUCGACAGAUGUGCAGUCUGCUACUGUGGUGGCACAAACUGCCAGCGAUCUCACCGCGUCUCUAUAUGCGAUGGAAUGGAUAUCACGGCUUUCGACGAGCAUGGCCAUGCAAACUAUGCAAGUCAUACUAGCGUGUCGCCCGCAGCUAUUCCAAUUUCUAUCGGAGCAAGCCACGGGCGCUGACUCUAGCCCAUUCUCUUUGGAACUCAGCACUGUCCAGACAGUGUCUGCCGGGUUGAUCGGGUGCGCUUAA